CAGAACACAGGCCGGAAAUGCGAUAUUUAACAACCACCCUAAUGUUUGUAGGUCUUACCGCUUCCACGCCUUAUUUUUAGUUCCUUCACUCAUUGAUACAUCUCGGUUCUUCAAGCCAAAUUAUAUUCUAGCUGCUGUUUUACCUCAGUGUUGUCAGCGGGGCUUGUAGCGGUUGUGGCCCUCGACAGAUAAAAGUACUUAAUUAGUUGUUUUUUGUGGUCUGAUCAAAUGGCCUAUCCAGGAUACGGUGCUCCACAAGGAGGAUUCCCCGGAAUGCCCCCUCAGCAACAAGAUCCUCUGUAUGGAUUCUUUUCACAAGUGGCUGGACAGGAUGGACAGAUCUCAGCAGACGAGCUGCAGCGCUGCCUCACGCAGUCCGGCUUCUCUGGAUCAUACCAACCUUUCAGCCUGGAGACAUGCAGACUGAUGAUUAACAUGCUGGAUAAGGACAUGUCCGGGAUGAUGGGCUUUAACGAGUUCAAGGAGCUGUGCCAGGUCCUGAAUGGCUGGAAGGCCACCUUUUCAUCCUUUGACCGGGACCACAGUGGGACAGUAGAGAGCCAUGAACUGCAGCAGGCCAUCGGAACAAUGGGCUACAACCUAAGCCCUCAGGCUAUGAACUGCAUCAUGAAGCGCUACAGCACCAGUGGCAGAAUUGCUUUUGAUGAUUUUGUGAGCUGCUGUGUGAGACUCCGUGCCCUGACUGAUCAGUUCCGUAGAAGGGACACGACCCACAGUGGAAAUGCCUCCUUUCAAUAUGAUGACUUUAUCCAGGUCACCAUGAGCGUCUAAAAAGAAUAAAGCUUUCCUGUGAGGACCUGCCAGAGUCAACAUUCUCUUAAAAAUCACAUAAUCUUUAUUUUCUUAUUAAUCUUUAUAGAAGAACCACAUCAUAAUAUCACAUUCCAUUCCAUUUGCUUCAGAACUUGUAAGACAUACUCAUUCAACAUAAUGUUCUAACAUCUUUAUGUUCCACUGACUGUCAUGUUGCAACAUGCAUACUUGCAGCUUUUAGUGUCACUAAAAGCUGCAAAAGGCUACAGCUGCAUCUGUAGCCUUUUACCUCAACAGCAGUCAUCAUGUUAGCUAUUGUCCACAUUUAUAAAAUGAAUAAAAGACAAUAUAAAGUUU